GCGAGUGUUUAAAUAAAAAUCUACACAUAUCUUCAGACCCUCUCAGUUUCUCAUUAGUUAAAAACCCACUCAUUAGGAAGAGCAAAUUCCCCAGACAAACACAUCAGCUGUUGUAAUUUGUUCUGCCAAAGUUUACUGCUGUUCACUGGUUUCACAGAGGACACACCACAACAAUUUCCCAGUAAACAACACAUCAUGGAUCUUUGGAUCAGGUGGCUGGCAGUCACAGUGCUGCUUACGUGUGACGCGCAGCUUCCAAAGCAGGCACAGGCUCCCCUGCUUCUGCACAAGCCCUUUGUCGUGGUUUGGAAUGCACCCACUGAGCAAUGCCGGCUGCGGUACAAGGUGGACUUGGAUCUCAGCAUCUUUGACAUCGCAUCAAACACCAACGAGACUCUGAGUGGAUCCAAUGUGACAAUAUUCUAUCACACUCAUUUGGGAUAUUAUCCCUACUACUCAGAUAAUGGCAACCCCGUGAAUGGAGGAGUGCCUCAAAAUGAAAGUCUUAUCAAGCACCUUAAUAAAGCAAAGUCUGACAUUGACUAUUGCAUACCCAUGAAGAAAUUUCACGGACUUGCGGUCAUUGACUGGGAAAACUGGAGACCCCAGUGGGAUAGGAACUGGGGCAAUAAAAGCAUUUAUAGAAAUAAAUCUCUUGAGAUGGUUAGGCAACGGCAUCCACAGUGGUCGGAAGAUAAAAUUAGGAAAGUAGCUAAAGAGGAGUUUGAAAACGCUGGCAAGAGUUUUAUGAACAACACUAUCCUUCUGGCUGAACACAUGAGGCCAAAUGGUUUGUGGGGUUACUAUCUUUACCCAGACUGCUACAAUUACGAUUACAAAGAGCACUGGCAAACAUACACGGGAAAGUGCCCAGCCAUUGAAUCUUCUCGCAAUGAUCUCCUUCUUUGGCUGUGGAAGGAAAGUACGGCUCUCUACCCUUCAAUAUAUCUGGAUUAUAUACUGAAGUCAAGUCCAAAUGCACUAAAGUUUGUUCACUAUCGGGUUAAAGAGGCAAUACGUGUUGCCUCGAUUGCUAGAAAAGACUACGUUUUGCCUGUUUUUGUUUACUCCAGACCAUUUUAUGCCUACACUUUUCAUGUUUUAACAGAGAUUGAUCUGGUUAAUACCAUUGGUGAAAGCGCAGCUUUGGGAGCAGCUGGAGUUGUUCUCUGGGGCAGUAUGCAAUAUGCCAGCUCAAAGGAGAGCUGUUCCACUGUGAAGAGAUACAUUGAUGGACCCUUAGGACAUUAUGUCAUUAAUGUGACCUCAGCAGCCAAACUCUGUAGCAAAGUCUUGUGUAAGAAGAAUGGAAGAUGCAUACGCAAAAACAGUGACUCUUCUGCGUACCUACAUCUGCCAUCCAGUGAUUUUAAGAUCCAAGCCCAUCGCUCAGGAAGGGGCCCACGAUUGCAGGUGACUGGUGAACUCAGCCUGGAGAACAUAGAAGUCAUGAGGCAGAGGUUCAUGUGCCAAUGUUAUCGAGGAUGGACAGGAAUAUUUUGUGAAUUGCCUGACCAAAGUGUAAUGGAGCAUUGGGUUCACAUUGUGUUCAGCAGAUCAAGAAAACAGAAGCUUUAUGUCUUCCUCUUAGGAGCUAUGCAGCUUCUUCUCCUUUUUACAGCAUAUUAAACUCUUCUGAGUUUAGAAAAGAAAUCAGAAGUGCUGCCACUUGGACUUAAAAGUUUUAGCAAGUCUUUAUUACAAAGAGGAAAGAUGUUGUUAAUUAAAUUGCUUUAUUCAGUCUUGCUCAUGUCCCAGUCCUUCUAAAAGAGCUCCAGGCAUCAA